UGCUCUAAUUUCCUCGCCCCGUAUUCCGCACCGUCAUCCAGCGCCGGCCCCGCGCGGCCCUCGAAAGCCACUAAAAACCCCCCCUACCUCCUCACAAAUAUACCCCACUUUCUUUCAAAACGCCCCUUACAUGCCCCCCGUCGUACCAUUCAGAUGUCCAAGCUAGCAGCCACGCCCGCCCCGUUAUUGGGGCGCUCAAACCCGGGGUUUUCCGGCGAGUGCUAUCGAUCCUUGGCCCGGCCCGAAUUUGAAACUGGAGCCGGCGCCAUGGGCCCGCCAGUCGAGGGCAUGACGAAUGACGACAAAAACAACAAAAACGACACAGGCAGUAAUACAAACGGAAACACAAACGACACAGAUACCACUAGUAAAAACAACAACACCAACAACACCAACAACACAGACACCACUAAUAGAAAGAAUGACACAAACAGCACAGACACUUCCUCGGCCGCUUUCUUACAGCCACCCAUAGCCGCCCCCUCAAACAGGCCCCCAUGCCCGCGCGCAAACACCCGGACCUCCCAGUCCGGCCCGCGCGUGUGGUCCAAAGUGGCGCGCACACCCAUCUUCGACGGCGCCAACGGCGUCAUCUACAAGGCGCUGGACGCGAGCCGCUCCGUGUUUGUGGUGGUCAAAACCGUCAAGGUCCAGCCCUGGCACACGCCCGACGUCUACCGCCGCUCCGUGCUCCGUGAAUACGACAACCUCGCGCGGUGCCAGGCGUGCCGCCACGUGGCCACCGUGCACGACGUGUGCUCCAGCGACGCGUCGCCCGAGCUCUCGCUCGUGGUCCAGUACUACCCGCACGGCGACCUCCUCGACUUCCUCGGCUCGCUCCGUGCCAAGCGCGUGGCCAUGCCGCCGUCCUUGCAGGACGCCGUGUUCAAGCAGAUCGUGCGGGCCGUGGACUUCCUCCACCGCCACGACGUGGUGCACCGCGACCUCAAGCCGGAGAACUUCCUCAUCGACGCGCAGGGCUCGCUCCGGCUCAACGACUUCGGCUGCUCCUUGGACUUGCAGCGGCUUGGCGAGCAGCUCCCGUUGAACGGGCCCAGCUGCGGCACGCCGUCAUUCAAGUCGCCGGAGUUGUUUGGCCUCGAGGCCGCGGCGCGCGCGGGCACGCCCGCGGACCCGGCUUUCGACUUCCGGGCCGUGGACGUGUGGGCCUUGGGCAUCGUGUGCUUCCACGUGUACCUCAUGGCCGCGCCCUGGCCCCACGCCAACGUGGCGGCAGACGACCGCGCCAAGGCCUUGGACCUCUACUUGAAGAACUUCCCUCUGGACGACGCGCAGGUGCGCCGCUUGGCGGACCGGCUCAACGACACGCGCUGCAGCACGCAGCUGAAUCCAGCGUUGCUGCUCUUCAAGAAGAUGCAUUACGACGCGCGCCUCGAGCUCUUGGCGAUGCUCCACCCGGUGCCCGCCAAGCGGCCCACAACGGGGGCGCUUCUUGCGUCCAGCUGGCUUUCCCAGGCGUAUGCCAAGCCGGGAGAUAUCUUGGCCUUGGCGCGAUGAUUCUGGCCGUUGUGCUGGGGCUGGCACAGACUUGGGUGCUGUGUGAGGGACUUAGGUUCUGGGGCUGGUACGGAUUUUAGAAAGGAUUAUGAUACGUACUGCAAUACGGGCUUCAAUAACUGAAUUUAUACGGACUUUAUACGCACUUUAUACGGACUUUAUACGGGCUUUAUACGGAUUCUA